GCGAGUGUCCGCGCGGUCGGGCCCGGAGCCCAGGCGCUGCACACGCGGGGGCCCGCGCUUGCUUUCUGCAGGGGGAGCAGAGACGGAGUGCAGGCGGGUGUGCGGGCCCAGACCCAGCGUUGCGCGUCGCGGGGUCCCCAACACCCCCGCUGCGCUCGGCCCCUCCAGCUAAAGAGGAGGAAGAGGGAACAACCUGGAAAGGCAGGCAACCCCGGGCCGGGCCAGGAGGCCCGGUGCUCUCCUCGGGGCCUUGUAAACACUUGGUCUGGUGGCACUACUGUUGGUGGAACGGGGCUGGGGGCGGAGAGCUGGCACUGGGGACAGGGUCUUUUAUUCAUCCCUGCAAGUUCUGAGCUCAAAAUUUGUAACUAAGGCUGCUAACUUACCUUCAUCCUGUUCCGCCUCCAGCUGCAACAGCCUUUGAUAUAAUGUUUUUGUGGCUGUAGAAUGACACUUCAAGCAGUUGGCUCAUUACUGGAGAAAUAAAAGAUAUUGCCAGAUUGACUAUCCUGUCUGUAGCCAUGUUAGCCUCAAGAAAGAGGAUGAACAAUUCUUCACGCUCCCAAAUUCUUCUAAUGUGGAAGCCAGACAAGGCCCAAAAUGGACCCCACAAUUUCGAAAAGCAAACUCUUACUUCAAGACUCUUACGUGAUACUGAGACCUGUCGACAGAAUUUUAGGAAUUUUCCAUACCCAGACAUGGCUGGUCCUCGAAAGGCACUGAGUAAACUCCGAGAGCUCUGCCUUAAGUGGCUGAGGCCUGAGAUUCACUCAAAGGAACAAAUCCUGGAGCUGCUGGUGCUAGAGCAAUUCCUAACCAUCCUUCCAGGGGAGGUUAGGACAUGGGUAAAGUCCCAGUAUCCAGAGACCACAGAGGAAGUGGUGACUCUGGUGGAAGAUUUGACUCGGAUUCUAGAAGAGGAAGCUCCUCAGAACUCUGCCCUUUCCCAAGAAACUCCAGAGGAAGACACCAGAGGAAAACAUGCUUUCCAGGCAGACUGGCUCAAUGACUUGGUGACUGAAGAAUCAAUGACAUUCAAAGAUGUGGCUGUGGACAUUACUCAAGAGGACUGGGAGCUAAUGCGUCCUGUACAGAAGGAACUGUACAAGACUGUGACAUUACAAAACUAUUGGAACAUGGUUUCUCUAGGAUUGACUGUGUACAGACCAACUGUGAUUCCCACAUUGGAAGAACCAUGGAUGGUGAUAAAAGAAAUUUUAGAAGGCCCUAGUCCAGAAUGUAAAACUGAAGCCCAAGCAUGUAUUCCAAUAGAGAAUAUUCCUAAACUCAAACAAGAUGGAACACAAACUAUCAAGUUGGAAGAGCUAUAUGGCUAUGAUGAUGGAUUAGAGAGGCAAGCAACAGAUACCUUCAGGAAAAUUUCCACGAAUGAAAGAGAUUUCAGUUUGAAGUCAGUCUUUCCACAAGAUGAUCUUGCAGAAGAAUAUCUUAGUAAAUAUGACAUAUAUGGAAAUGAUUUUGAUAAGCAUUUAAACCUAACUCGACAGUUUGAUACCCAAUCAGAUAAUAAAACUUUUACAUAUAGUGAAGACAAGCCAGUCUUCAAUAAUUUCUCAUACGGUACUGUAUAUAGGAAAAUACUUCCUGGAGAUAAGCCUUAUAAAUGUAAUGUGUGUGGGAAAAAAUUUAGAAAAUACCCAUCCCUCCUGAAACACCAAAGUAGCCAUGCCAAAGAGAAAUCUUAUGAAUGUGAAGAAUGUGGGAAAGAGUUUAGGCAUAUUUCAUCCCUCAUUGCACAUCAGAGAAUGCAUACCGGAGAAAAACCAUAUGAAUGCCACCAAUGUGGUAAAGCCUUCAGCCAGCGUGCACACCUUACUAUACAUCAGAGAAUUCAUACUGGAGAGAAACCCUAUAAAUGUAAUGAUUGCGGGAAAGACUUUAGUCAGCGUGCACACCUUACUAUACAUCAAAGGACGCAUACUGGAGAAAAACCAUAUAAAUGCUUGGAAUGUGGUAAGACCUUCAGCCAUAGUUCAUCACUGAUUAAUCAUCAGAGAGUUCAUACUGGAGAAAAACCUUAUAUAUGCAAUGAAUGUGGGAAAACUUUUAGUCAGAGUACACAUCUUCUUCAGCAUCAAAAGAUACAUACUGGAAAGAAACCAUAUAAAUGCAAUGAGUGUUGGAAAGUGUUUAGUCAGAGCACUUAUCUUAUUCGACAUCAGAGAAUUCAUUCUGGAGAAAAAUGUUAUAAAUGUAAUGAGUGUGGAAAGGCCUUUGCUCAUUCCUCAACUCUUAUUCAACAUCAGACUACUCACACUGGAGAGAAAUCCUACAUAUGUAAUAUAUGUGGGAAAGCCUUCAGUCAGAGUGCAAACCUUACUCAGCAUCAUAGAACACACACUGGAGAAAAACCAUAUAAAUGUAAUGUUUGUGGGAAAGCAUUCAGCCAGAGUGUGCACCUAACUCAACACCAGAGGAUUCACAAUGGAGAAAAACCCUUUAAAUGCAAUGUAUGUGGGAAAGCAUAUAGACAGGGUGCAAAUCUCACUCAACAUCAAAGGAUUCAUACUGGAGAGAAACCCUAUAAAUGUAAUGAAUGUGGGAAAGCUUUUAUUUAUUCCUCAUCACUUAAUCAACAUCAGAGAACUCAUACUGGAGAGAGACCAUAUAAAUGUAAUGAAUGUGACAAAGAUUUUAGCCAGAGAACAUGCCUUAUUCAACACCAGAGAAUUCACACAGGAGAGAAACCCUAUGCAUGCCGAAUAUGUGGUAAAACCUUCACUCAGAGUACAAAUCUUAUCCAGCAUCAGCGAGUUCAUACAGGUGUCAAGCAUCGUAAUUAAUGGAUAUUGGAGACUUCAUUUAGGUUUUUUAGUUUGAUCACUUAAAUUUUAUUUUGUAUGCUCUGUGUGUUAAAACAUUAUUCAAAAGAAAUCUGAAGAAGUGCAAUAUAAGAUAUCAGCAGAAGUAUCAGAACUCAUAAUGUGGAUAUACUCGUUAAAACUUAAUGUGUAAUGUAAAAAGAAAACCUCACUGACUUCUUAAAUCUUUAUUUCAUACCAGUUUAACUCAUUCUAGAAAGAAACCCUAUGAAAAGAUAUUUAAAAAACUAACUCUUCAACUCUCAAGGUAUUUCAAGUACUUUUUUAGAGGCCUUAAGAAUGUGACUUGGGAAAGUCCAUCAAGUAGAGAUAUCACACUAGAGAGUAAUCCUGGGAUUAUAGAAGAGAAAAAGCUAUUUUCAGGCCUUUAUUUCAUCCCCACUUUGAAGCCUUAAGAUAUGUAAAGGUUUCCCUUUCACCCUCUUAUGCCAUUACUGCCAUAUAAAACCAGUAGGUUUGAGAGAAAAAAGUUGAAAAUAUGUUAAAGAUUUCUGUGACCACUGUUUAACCGUGCUUUCUCUCAAAUACUGAAAUAUUAAAUGAAGAGAAACUUAAUGAAAGAUGAUGUUGAGACAGAAAGUAGUGUAAAUAACCCUAAGGCGUGUGUACAGACUUAAGCAGGCAAAAAUUUAAACACCUCAAGCUUAAAUUAAUCUUUAAAAAGGUAAGCCUUAGUUUCACUAGGUUUUGACAUCCAUGGUCAUCCUGAAGGAAAAAAGUAAGCAUACAGUUCCUAUUUUUUUCCACCAGAGGAUUCAUAAUUCAUAAUUUAAAGUUCCCUUGUGGUCCUUUUACUGUGGGAAGUCCAUUUCUUCCACUAAAAUACAUUUCUUGAGUGCCUACUGUGCUCUCAGGUCCCAGAUUUCCUGAUUGAACCCUUUCAGGCUUAUUACAGCGCUGAAAGUUACAGCUGAUUUAAGCAACAGAAUUUUUUUUUAUAGUAAUGAGAAACUAAGGACAUGAUCUUAAUUAAGUAUUUUGCUAUGGAAUGAGCAUAAAAAACUUGAUAAAAUGGGUGCCAGAUAUGACCCCAUAACCCAAGUUAGGAAGUAAUGAAGGCAGCUAUCUAAUGUGAGAAAAUAAGCAAUGGAAAAUGGACUUGGGUUCACUAUAGAGAGUGGGUCAGGGAAAAAUCAAGGUGAAAAACAAGUGAGGAAAGAGACAAAACAACUGAUAAAUACAACGGGACUUGGUAUACUGAAGAAAGUAAGAGUGGUGAAAUAAAAAUGAAAUUUAGCCUAUUUAUAAGAAAAAUGAAAUGACUGAUUUUAAAGGAAUAAUUUGAAACCUGGUACUCCUUCAUAUACGAAAGUAAAACAGAGGUUACUCAAUGUGUCAGAAGAAAAUUGUCCAUUGAAAAAAACAUUGUACAGAAACUAUCAUUGAUACAGUAAUCAUUAACCAACUUUGUGGGUCCUAAACGACAUUAAUGGAAAACUGGCAGAAAUAGGUUAAAAAAAAUACUGUUGUAUUUGACAUUCAUAGUUUUCCAGUCUCAAAAUAGACCACGAUUCCAUUUUGUUUCUCCAGUGCCUUGCAUAUUGCACAUGAUCAACGUAUUUUGGUUAAGUUAAUGAAUGAAUAUGUAAAUUAGAGUUGAGUAAGUAUAAAACUGACUGGCAUGGAGUAAAAAUUGGUUAAAAACAAAAAUGACUUGUGCAUAUUUAAAACAAGUGUUUAACAACUGUUGAUUAUUUACCAAGUAAUAGGAACUACUUAAAAAUGGAAAAUCUGAAAUCAUGGGACAUCUUUGCACAAAGAAAUGUUCCUGAGCUAAAUGGGGAAAACUGAUAAAUUCUGCUACCUUAAAUAUCUGAGCAUGUAUUGACCAUACAAUUUGACUUAGACAUUACUGUUUAUAUAAAUAUCCUGCAAACAGGUGAUGUUAGGCAAAGGUGCGAGCAUCUUCAAAGCUAUAUUGUUGAGUAUUUUCUUGAAGAAAUUGUUGCUUUCCCUUUUCCUGACAUUAGUUAAUCUUGAUUUCAUUGUAUCAUCCUUCACAAUGUGCAGGUUGCAAAAUACUCAAAUUAUGCUUCAUCUCUUAGUUGUUAAAAAAUAACAGUUGUAUUUAAGAUAUGAUUUUUUCUGGUGUUGCUUCAUCUUACACAAUACUUUUCUCCUUUGGAAUGAAUGUUUGGAGUGUUACAGUCUGUAUCAUCUUUCUUCUCCAUAAUUUCUGCCUUUGUAUGCUUUAUGUAAAUAGUGCAUUUAUAAAGUCUUCCAUUGAUACACAGAGGUAAUUGAUGCCCUUAUAAAAAAUAAUAGAAUAAUAGUGCA